AUGGCCGUCGGUCUCGUUUCGCAACAAGCUCAAUCCUCCAUCACUGCUCGUCCUCAACACACGAGCAACCGCUUCGAUGACCUCGUGCUAAACCUCAAGGAUGUGCUUGGUCCGUCGUCGGGCCUUGACUCCAAGGACGUCGACCUCAACUCCAUCAUGGACCUCAUGGAGAAGUACGACGCGACAGAAAAGGGGUGGGUUGAAUUUGCAAUGGCAGACCCUGAGCUUGCCUAUACCAGAAAUCUUGUCGACGAAGGAAAUGGAAAGAGCAACCUGCUUGUCCUCGUGUGGACCCCCGGCAAGGGUAGCCCCAUUCACGACCACGGCAAUGCCCACUGUGUCAUGAAGAUUCUCCGUGGCAGCCUGACAGAGACAAGAUAUGAAUUCCCCACCUCGGACCGCGCACAGCCGAUGAGGAUGCUGUCUGAACGAACCUCGAAAGAGAAUGAUGUGGCAUACAUGGCCGACGAGUUGGGCCUUCACAAGGUAGAGAACAGGGGUCAAGACUAUGCCAUCUCCCUACACUUAUACACCCCGCCCAAUGUCGCCAAAUCAGGUUGCAACACUUUCAACCCAAUCACCGGCAAGAGAAGCCAUGUGCCCAAGUGCGGAUAUUACUCAAAGUACAAGCAACGUGUCGAGGAGGCAUAG